CUCCUGGGUAGAAUUGCACUUCAGCAAUAAUGGGAAUGGCAACAGUGUUCCAGCCUCAGUUUCUAUUUAUAAUGGUGACAUGGAAAAAAUACUCCUAGAUGCCCAGCAUGAAUCUGGACGGAGUAGCUCCAAGAGUUCUCACUGUGACAGCCCACCUCGUUCACAGACACCACAAGAUAUUAAUAGAGCUUCUGAAACAGAUACACAUAGCAUUGGAGAAAAGAACAGCUCUCAGUCUGAGGAAGAUUACAUUGAGAGAAGGAAAGAAGUUGAAAGCAUCUUGAAGAAAAACUCAGAUUGGAUAUGGGAUUGGUCAAGUCGGCCAGAAAAUAUACCCCCUAAGGAGUUCCUUUUUAAACACCCGAAGCGCACAGCUACUCUCAGUAUGAGAAACACAAGUGUUAUGAAGAAAGGGGGCAUUUUCUCAGCAGAAUUUCUGAAGGUUUUUCUUCCAUCCCUGCUACUGUCUCAUAUACUAGCCAUUGGAUUGGGGAUCUACAUUGGAAGGCGUCUGACAACCUCCACCAGCACUUUUUGAUGAAGAAUUGGAUCUAACUCGGCCGAUAUGGGGAUUUGUGUCUGAGCUUGUGACAGCUAACUUGGAAGAGCUAUCAUGAUCGUUGAGGGCCUGCACCACUUGUUUAUUCUGUACAUGCUGUGUUUCUGAUUAGUAAAGUAACAGAAUAGACACUAAAAUCAUGCUGAUCUAUAAUUAUACCUAUGGGAUCAAUUCAUAAGCAUGGCAGACUAAUACCUACUGUAAGAAUUUAGUAGUAAAUUUUCAUUGGAUAUUAGAUAUAAAUAGUCUAAAUAAUUUUAAUAUACUAGUCAUGAUGUAUGUAAUAUUUAAAAAUGUCUAACCUGAAUUCAGUUAAAACACUUUAUUUCAAAGAAUGAGUAACAUUGGUACAAGAAUCACUACAUUGCUGGGCAUGGUGACACGUGUGUGAUCCCAGCACUUGGGAGGCUGAGGCAAGCGGCUUGCCAUGGUUUUGAGGCCAACUGAACUGCAUAGUGAGAUCCUGUCUCAAAAUUAUAACAAAACAGAAACAAAACAAAAAAUGCAUUAACAGAUUUGCCCAAAAGAAAUAUCGUGGCCUUAUAAUUACACUGUAGCAGAAUGUUUAAUUUAGAUUGAUGCAGAUUGUCUAUAAAGACCACUUAACUAUAUAAAUUGUUCUUAAAUAAUAGAGAACAAGGGACAAUUACAAAUUCCCCUCAGUUGGGGCACUAAGCGUUUGCUUUUCCAGUGAGGACUCCAGGUGUGGUCAGUUUUUUGAUGAAGGUAUCUAUUCAGUAUCUUUUACCCUUCGUUACUCUGGAUUGCUGGAUUUAAUCUUAUUGUUGUGCUCAACUUUUAUGUGCUCUUAAAAUUAGCUUUAUUGUAAGCAAAUCUAUGUCUACUUUAGAAGACUGGAAAUAGAAAAAAAAUAAAUUAUUGCCAAAUCCUUUGGAGAGUAUUGUAAUUACAUAGGGUUAAAAAUCAAUUAAUCACAAAAGUUUCUUGAUUAAAUCAGGCCUGUUCCCCGUUGUGUCAUUCUUUAUCUUUUCUACAGCAUGAUUUUUAGAAAGGCAGCAUCUUUGAUAUGCUGUGUAUAUUAUACUGUGUUGUUUGACCGUUCCACCCUUAAUUCAGGUGUGUUAAAAUAAAUAACAUUUAACUUUUAAAA